UUGAGUGCUCAUUGAAAAGAAUCAUGUUGCAGGUUCGGUGGUUCGGUGAUAGAUCCUUAUGAAAAUUGUUUCUUUUUAUGUUUUGAAAUUUGGACGGACAUGAUUAGUUUUUGCACCAAGGAGGUGGAUUUGGUUUAAACUUCUGAAAUGAUUUGCUCCUCCGUAUGUGGGUUUUGCUUUUAUGAAUGUUCAUGGCAGGGCGUUUCUUUGAUUGCGAAUUUUGUGUUGGCUUAGUUUUUGUAUGAAUCCGUUAAGGGCAAGGGUUAAAUGAGGAAAGGCAUACUGUGGACUGUUGAAUCUGUGGGACUAUUUAAGGGAAUGUAUACUAGCUACUGCAUCAUAUUCACAGGUUUACUCAUCUUAUAGUUUGGUCUAGGUGAAGAGAGAAUCCAUUUUAGUUUUAUCCACCUAAAUAGACUAGUGGUAAGCGAGGAGGAGAGUUAAUUUUUGACUGUCUUUUGAGGUUGAAGUAUUUAUAUUUGCAAUUAUCUGAACAACCUGUAUGGUAGGCACCCAACAAGAACGAGUUCAAUGAAAGACACACCUCUUUGAUAUGCUUUUGAUCCUCAGCUAUUGAAUACUGAGAAAAUGAAGUUGAUCAGAUUUGCUUCCUUUAUUCACACUCUAGCGCUGCUGGGUAGUCUAGGAUCAGAAGGACUGCUGUUUGCUCGCAGUGGAUUUUGUGGAUGGAUAAACAGUUGUAUACUUAUGCAGUCACAUCCAGAAAUAGCUUUGUUGGGGGUGAAACAGGAAGAAAAUGGCUUCACCGAUACAACUGCAGGCCAUAUGGGUGGCAGUUUUCAGAGGCCUGUAGAAGUUUCUUCUUCCUUGGAAGAUGAUAGGUCUCUUGAGACAGGGGAUGAAGACACUGUCUCCAAUGAGAAUAAUUCUAAGCAGUUGGUGCUCUAUGAUCCUGGAGCUAAUGGUGAAAUUGAGCCAGUUCCUGACCCUAUUCGAUGCUCACCUCUACCAUUAACUGGGGACUUGGCACCACCUUCUCGAAUUUUGCCUUCUGUAGGGGCUUUUACAGUUCAGUGUGCCAACUGUCUAAAAUGGAGGCUUAUCCCAACGAAGGAAAAGUACGAAGAAAUACGUGAACAUAUCCUAGAGCAGCCUUUUGUAUGUGAAGCUGCCCGUGAGUGGCGACCUGAUAUUCAAUGUGAUGAUCCAACAGACAUUUCUCAAGAUGACGGCGGGCUUUGGGCCAUUGAUAAGCCUAAUAUUGCUCAGCCUCCUCCUGGGUGGCAGCGGCUACUGAGAAUUAGAGGUGAAGGAAGCACAAAGUUUGCAGAUGUGUAUUAUGUUUCACCAUCAGGGAAAAAGCUUCGCUCUACGGUAGAAAUCCAGAGAUAUUUAAUGGAACAUCCAGAGUAUAUGACAGAUGGUGUAACUCUCUCUCGCUUUUCAUUUCAAACCCCAAAGCCUUUACAGGAAAAUUAUGUGAGAAAAAGAACUACUCGUGUGGCUGCUUCCUACGAUAGUACUAGCCUUUUGGAAUCUGGUGAAGCAGUGAGUCCCUUAGCGUGGGCUAGCCCAGAUGGUUUUGACCUGCAGCAUGGUACGCCUGCACUCCCUCCACCACCAUAUUACAAGGCUCCUUUUUUCGACCCUGUCGGUCAACCGUUCAAGAAACGGAGGAGAACACCAUCAAGACAAUUAAUGAACCGGGAUACAAUCAGUCCCAACCCUCGAGAUAGAAGAUCAUGGCCAUUUUAGAGAUGUUGGUUGAUAUUUUGAGGCAUGAUGCUGAUGGUUUUGGCAACUAGAUGUCCUUACCUGGUCAUAUAUUUUGGUUUACAGUAAUGGAUCAUGCUACCAAGUGUUGGGGCUUCCAAGUCUUUUUGAUGGCCACAAGCAAGUUGUUGAAGCUGAUAGCAUAACAUACUUGACUGUGUCUUUUGUGAAAAAACAGUACAGAAAAAAUCGGAAAAUCUUUUUGUGUGUGUGUAUAUAUAUAAUAUUACUUGUUUAUAUUGGAGAAAUCUACUAGUACAUGAAAGUACAAUUGAUAACUUGGAAA